AGCGCUCGUGCACAGAGGGCUCGCGGCUGAUUCUGUGAGAGGAGCGCAGCAUCCACAGCUUGUUUAAGGUUAUUUGACCUGCAGCUCACUCUUGCAAUGGCAUCCGCUGAAGAUAUCCAGGUCAAGGAGCUUGACAAGCGGGCCUCAGGCCAGGCCUUUGAGGUCAUCCUGGCCUCUCCUGCCCCAGAUGCCAACUUCCCCCUGUCUCCUCCAAAGGCGAAGGAUGUAUCACUGGAGGAAAUCCAGAGGAAACUGGAUGCCGCAGAGGAGAGGCGCAAGAACCAUGAAGCUGAGGUUCUGAAGCACUUAGCUGAGAAGCGUGAGCAUGAAAAGGAAGUGCUGAAGAAAGCAAUGGAGGAGAACAACAACUUCAGCAAGAUGGCUGAGGAGAAGCUCAAUCAGAAGUUGGAGGCCAACAAAGAGAACCGCACAGCACUAAUGGCAGCCAUGAACGAGAAGUUCAAGGAGAAGGACAAGAAGUUGGAAGAGGUACGAAAGAACAAGGAAACCAAAGAGGGCACUUCGGAAGACUGAAAGUUUCAAGCGGGGGAUUGUACAGGGUUUUUUACGUAUCCAAAGAUUGAUUUAUUUUUUGUUUUGGCAAGUAUUUUUGUUGUGUUCACUACCCACCUUUUUAAAAUAAAUACAAGUUCCACUUUGUGAAUGUUUCAAUUCUCCUGCUAUAAGUGUACUUGCGCUGGUUUUACAUGUGCAUAGUUUCCCCCCCCCCCCACUUGUUGAGUCUAAUCCAUGUAGCUUGUCAGUGCAGCUUCUGCCCUUUUUGGAAAUUAGCCGUGUACUCAUCUUUUUUUGAGGAAGCAUGUUUCUAUGCAUAGGUCUUUUAUCCUUGCCUAUUUCAUAGUGCGUUUUUGAAUCGUGUUCCUGUGAACCGCAACUGUUCCUGGCACUUACUGUUUAUUAGAAAAACAAGGAAAGUAGCACAAGAUUCGAUCAAGGCGUCGGCUGUUAUACAUGCAGGUGUGAAGUGCGGCUUUGCUACCCAGAUUCUGCUGUUUUGCUCCUGCACAUGUUUUGUGCCGCUGCUUUUUUUUCUUUUUUUCUUUUUUUUUUUGGGCUUUUGUAAAAAUAUGGAGUUGUCUUUAAAGCACAUGACAUCUUGCUGUAUAGCUGUGAAUUAAAAACAUGUUGGACAUGUAAAUGGUUGCCAUCUGGAAAAUCAGUGAACAGGGGUCUACACAUGGAAUGCAAACGAGCAAUACACUUUGGCAUCUCAAUAGAUACAGUGGCUAGUUGACUUGAACUGUUGUACUAAAACAAAUAAAAAAACCUGUAAACACA